AUGUCUGAAGACUUAUGUGAUGGCAUCCCAUCUGAAGAAAAACCUGAAGUAAUGGAAAUGCCCAGCAAUGAGGUAUUGCCUCACGAGUCAGUACCACACCUCGUGGAAGCUGAGCUCUUGCACGAGCCUUCACAUGAUGAACAUGGACAGGCCACUCAGAGUGCCAGUAACGGACAGGACGGAGACAUAUUUUUUAACGACAACCCUGUGACUGAAAAAAUAAUUGAAAGUCUGCCUUCCAAUGGAGAGGCAACUGAAGACAUGCCCACUGAGUGCAAUGAGACCGUAAGCCUUGAUGCAGAACCUGAAUCUGAAGAAACACUGCAUGAACAAAGCAGUUCAGCCACAGCCUCCUCAUCUAAAGCAAGUAGAUGGGGAGCUUGGGGUACCUGGGGGAAGUCUCUCCUGUCGUCAGCUUCUGCCACAGUGGGUCAUGGGAUAACAGCAGUAAAGGAGAAAGCAGGAACUACCCUAGGAAUUCAUAACGCAAGUUCAGCAUCUUCAGAAACAGCAGAGCCUCCUGCAGCUGAAACACCAAUUAUACAAGCAGAAGAUUCUCUGGACCAAAGCUGUUCUGAGAAUAUUCCUUCUUCUCCUUCAUCUGGAUCUCGUGGCAUGUUGUCAGCUAUCACUAAUGCUGUACAGAACACAGGGAAAAGUGUGUUAUCUGGAGGCUUAGACGCUUUGGAAUUUAUUGGGAAGACAACCAUGAAUGUCCUUGCAGAAAGCGAUCCUGGAUUUAAGAGAACCAAAACACUGAUGGCAAGAACAGUUUCUCUGUCUCAGCUGUUGCGAGAAGCUAAAGAAAAAGAGAAACAGAGGCGGGCCCAGCAAGUUACAGUUGAAAGAACAGCACAUUAUGGACUACUUUUUGAUGAGUUCCAAGGUUUGUCUCAUCUUGAAGCUCUGGAAAUCCUGUCAAAUGAAAGUGAAGCCCAGAUUCAGACGUAUUUAGCAACACUUGAUGGAGAGCAGUUGGAGACUGUGAAAAAUGAUUUAAUUGCCAUAAAGGAGAUUUUUGUUCCGAAGGAAUCAGAUGAUGAAGUGGUACAGGCACAGAAAGCAGAUAUGGGAGAAGAGUUUGUCAGCAUGCUCACUGAACUGCUAUUUGAAUUGCACGUUGCUGCUACUCCUGACAAACUUAAUAAGGCUAGGAAAAAAGCUCAUGAAUGGCUGGAAGAAGCCAGUUUUUCCACCCCAGUAGACAUAGAAGAGAAGCUAAAAGAAAAACCUGGCGAACCUGGUGAAGAAAAGACUGAAAAAGAAGAUAAAAUUGACAGUGAUAAAACAGAAGCAGAUAAAAACAAAACUGUGGAGGAAAUCUACAUGCUGUCCAUUGAAAGUCUGGCUGAGGUAACUGCUCGUUGUAUUGAACAGCUUCAUAAAGUAGCAGAAUUAAUUCUGCAUGGGCAGGAAGUAGAAAAAACAGCUCAAGAUCAAGCAAAAGUACUGACGAAUUUAACAAGUGCCAUGUGCAAUGAAGUUUCAUGUUUAUCAAAGAAGUUUUCCGAUUCUUUAACAGCAGCUGGGAGCAGUAUGAAGGCAGAGGUUCUUAACCCCAUCAUCAACAGUGUGCUAUCAGAGGGUUGCAACAGUACUACUUACAUUCAGGACGCCUUCCAGCUAUUGCUUCCAGUUCUGCAAAUUUCACAUAUCCAGACCAGUUGUUUGAAAGCACAAGAGUGACAGUUUCCCAGCAGUUGUCACCACGGGGCUUAACAGAAACCACAGACCUAAUGUCUUUAAUGUAUGCAGAUAGAAGAAAUGGUAUGAGAGAUGUCUGGCCACUUAGAGUCAUUUGAAGACACUACACGCAGUUUUGCACAUACAAUAUUGAACAACAUUUUGAAACUCUUUCAGAAGUAGUUAGUAAAGUGAGUCAUUUCUUUUCCAUUAGAGUAUAUCCUUUGCAUUAAUUUAAACUGAAGUUUAUUGAUAUUGGCAUUGACUUAAAUACAGAUUCUAAAUGUUGACCCUUUCAGUUGUAGAUGAUGUAUGAAG